UCAUGCUGCUGCCAGGUCCAGAGUCUCUCAUGGGUCCCUGUACUGCCUCCCAUUGCUGCUGUCUCCAUCGCCACACUCUGCCAUGUGCCACUUUCAGGUCUCCUCACACUGCUGGUGUGUUCCAUUUUUUGUCAUAGGGUGCUGGCAGAUUACGGGCCUCCCAUAGCUGCUGCCAGGCCCCUAAUCUGCCAUGGGCCCCUAUAUCGCCUCCUCAUGCUGCUGCCAAGUCCAGAGUCUCUCAUGGGUCCCUGUACGGCCUCCCAUUGCUGCUGUCUCCAUCGCCACACUCUGCCAUGUGCCACUUUCAGGUCUCCCUCACACUGCUGGUGGGUUCCAUUUUUUGUC